AUGUCAUCCCACUCGACUUCCCGUGACCUACCCAGCGCUGGCGCAGGCGGCGAACCCCUUGCACCGGUGCAAGUUGAGGCGGUCGUCGACACGCCAGAGGCGAACCCGAAGGCGCUGGUCCUGUACGACCCUCAGUCCCCCGCCGGGCGUGCGGGAGAAGGAACGCCGAUCGAGAACAGCGAGCCUGUUCUCGUCGACGGUAGUGACAGCGGGUCUAUUAUUGCCGACGGCAGCAACAGCGAGCUGGAGCCCGUCUUGAAGGAUUUGAUCGGCAGUCUGACCGACGCCGACCUCGAGCAAGCUAAGGCCACGGUGCCAGGCGGGGUCCGAGAGCAUUGGGUAGACAAGGUCAUUCUCUUCAUCCCGCGGCUAUUCGCCAAUAUACCCGCCGACGACCUCCAGAUGAUCGCCGUUCUUCUCAAGCACUCCGACGCUUUCUUCGCGCACGACAAGGCGUUUCUGUCGGCGUACAAGAAGAAAGAUCUUCCCUCGUGCAAGGCCACUCUGGAGCUGCAGAAGGCGGCGAUGAAGAGGGCCCUCGCCACGAUGUUCGUCCGGCCGGAGCGCUCCAAGUUCGGGAGGGUCGCUUGUGGCUGGAUCGUCGGCCAUAUGCAAGAAGAGCUCGCGUUGGCGCAGCUGUGUUUGAACGUUCUUCAGGUCCAUCAUGAUUUGCUUCAGACGCUUGAGAGCGCCGGGAUCCAGCUCCCGAAUCAAGAGGAACGACGCAAAGCCUCGAAAGCUGGCUCCAAGUGGUGGGCGUUCUGGCACAUGAAGGGGAAAGGCAAAGAUAUGAUAGAGCGCCUAUAA